UUUCCUUCUGGAGUCAAUUGUCCUCCGCCUUCCAAGUCACUGUAACCCCUACCUCCUGAAGGCAAACAAUCUAUACUUUCCCCAACUCUGCAAUCCGCUAAAACCCAUCACUUCUCUGUCUCUCUCUCUCUCUCCCACAUGCUCCGCCCAUGGCUGCGCCGAUCCUCCCGAGCAGCCCGCUCGCUCACUCGUCCCUAUAGCUCGCGACUGUCAUACAACUUCCUCUCGCCCACGCACUCCCAAUCGGUUCGAUGCCUACAAACCUCAACCACCGACUCGCAGGAGCGCGUACCACUGCGAAAGCAGCUCAAACAAAAUGCGAAGGCCCUGAAGGCUGAAAAACGUCAAAGGAGGGAGAGUGAGGAAGCCUCUCGACAGAAAUGGGAGCUGACUGUAGGAAUUGAGAUUCAUGCACAGCUGAAUACCGAGAAUAAGUUGUUUUCUCGUGCUCCCACAUCAUCCACCGAUCUCCCCAAUUCGAAUGUUGCUCUUUUCGAUCUUGCGUUUCCGGGAAGCCAGCCGGAAUUCCAGGUUCCGACAUUGCUACCCGCCCUCCGCGCUGCGAUCGCUUUGAACUGUGAUAUUCAGCCCGUGAGCAGAUUCGAUCGGAAACACUACUUCUAUCAGGACCAGCCGGCCGGAUAUCAGAUCACACAAUACUACGAACCUUUUGCGAGAAACGGCUACUUGGAUUUGUUCGGCUACGAUGGGAUCGCGCCAGAAGAUGGAGACCACGUUCGCAUUGGGAUUAAACAAGUCCAAAUGGAACAAGACACCGCUAAAUCCCAGGAAUAUCCUCCUUCGACGCUGCUUCUUGAUUUCAACCGCGUCUCCCACCCCCUCAUCGAAAUCAUUACGAUGCCCCAGAUACACACGCCCGCCACGGCUGCAGCAUGCGUCCGCAAGAUCCAGGCGAUCCUCCAAUCGUGCAGCGCAGUGACCACCGGUAUGGAACUGGGAGGCCUCCGAGCCGAUGUCAAUGUUUCGAUCCGUCAGCGGGGUGACACAGCGGGCGUGCAUCAGUACGGCGGAAUCGGCGGUCUCGGUCAGCGCACAGAGAUCAAGAACCUUAGCAGCUUCAAGGCUGUGGAGGAUGCCAUUAUUGCCGAAAAGAAUCGCCAGAUCGCUCUCCUGGAAAGUGGAGGUGUCGUGGAGGGUGAGACCCGUGGCUGGAGCAUCGGGAGUACGGAGACACGGAAGCUUCGAGGCAAGGAAGGCGAAGUAGACUAUCGGUAUAUGCCAGAUCCGGAUCUCCCACCGCUAGUUAUCGGAUCGGAUCUCGUGUCGGAGCUGCGAAAUACAUUGCCGACGUCUUCGGACGAAUUGAUUGGGCUGCUAAUGGGUAAAGAGUACGGACUCUCGAUCGAAGACGCCAAGCCGCUGGUUGAGCUGGAGGAUGGAGCUCGUUUGGAGUACUACCAGGACGUGGUGGACAUUCUGCACGAUCUGCAGCAAGAUCAAGAUCCGAAGAGCCGUGGGGGUCUUGCGCGCAUGGCGGGCAAUUGGGUUCUCCACGAGCUUGGGGGUCUCUUGACUAAAGCGGACCUUCCUUGGGAUGCAGAACGGGUUCCUGCGCUAUCUCUGGCCCAGAUCAUUGACCACCUUCAGCGAAAGCAAAUCACAGGACCUACGGCGAAGCAGGUGCUAGCCAUGGUGUUUGACGGGGACGCUCGGGCAAUUCCCCAGCUACUGGAAGAUGAAAAUCUGCUUCUUCGACCCCUCUCUCGAGAGGAAUAUAUUGCGUUGGCAGAAGCGGCGAUCAGCCAGAAUCCGCAAAUGGUCGAGCAGAUUCGAACCAAGAACCAGCUGGGGAAAUUAGGGUGGUUUGUCGGACAGAUGAUGCGCAUGGGCGAAAAAGGCCGAGUAGAAGCGGCUAAGGCGGAUGCGAUUCUCCGGGAACUUAUUCUAGAUUAAGUAGAAGGAUAGUGACUUAGUAGUAGUUGAGAGCCUAUAUUGUAGGUGGAGAUCCUUCAGGGGAAUGUAUAGAUAGCGUCAUAGCCAUUCAAAUGAUACCCCCGCGUUUCUGU